AUGUCCAACCAAGACCCGCCUUUAGAUAAAGUUGGCGAGCUAGACCCAGGAUCUGGGUCUGGGCCCGGAAGUGGGUACGAGUACUCCAACUGGCGCGAGCACAACGAAUUUAACUAUUUCACAGACAACAACAUGCAUCUGGAUCUCGGGUCGCAGCAAACGUUUGUCAACUCCGGGCAAUCCAACAUGAUGUCCCCAGUGAACGUCGGGUCGGUAAUUACUCCAGCCUCGCCUGCCGAGUAUGUGAUGCAUCUACAACAAUACCAGAACAUUUUGAUGGAACACGGAACCAAAUCGGACAAUAAUAAUACCCCCAUUGCUCAUGGAUCCAAUCCAUCGAGCGUGCCUAGCGUUCCAAGUGUUCAGAGCGUACAAAGUGUUCCUGGGGCUCCACACACCUCGGGACCGCCACAAGCUAAUGGAAACAACCAAUUUGUGUCGUUCAUGCCUUCGUUUAUGAACCCACAAGCCCUAAUGAACCAAUAUCCAAACGCCAUGCCGGGACCGUUCCCUAUGCAACCAGUGCCAAUAGGGUAUCCUAUGCCCGCGAAGAACGAGCCGCCACAGCCACGAACAAAAGUCAAGCCGUGCGACCACUGUCGUCGUAGAAAGAUCCGCUGUGUGAUGGUGCCAGAGUCUAACAUGUGCAAAAUGUGCCAGAAUAAAGGCAUUAAGUGUACUUUCAUCGACGGUAACGCAGCAGGCACAAAACGGUCGUUUUCGAGCCCCGAAACAGAGUCCAAGCGGAUGAAGUUCGAGGAGGCCAAUAUCAUCCCGCCGCCAGACGUUCCGCUCAGAGAAACGCUGCCGAUCAAGGACUACUCCACGAUGCAGGGCCAUUCACUGCUGAAAAAGACGCUCAGUCUGCAAUACCCACGGUCCAGUUUCUACGUCGGGCCGACCUCGCUGUACGAUACCAUUUUUCUUGAGAAGGUCACGCUCGACAAGGUGGAUCAGUUCGAACUGAGCAAGAAGAAUUCGAUACGGAAAGUCGCUAGUAACGUGCAGUUCACUCUUCGCGACGAUUUCAGCGAAGACCUUCUCGAGAGAUCCGAUUGGGACUCCGACAGCGUCGAGAGGUACGUUGCUCCACACGGCCAGGAACUCAUCGACCUGUAUUUCCGAACGGUGCACCCCUCGUUCCCUAUACUGCACAAAAAAGUGGUUCUUGAAAAAUACUCCAGAACACACAGAGAGUUCUCGGCGCCGCUUUUGGCCGCUGUGUACUGUCUGGCCAUUCAAUGGUGGGACUACGACGCCCAUCUGUCGCAGUUCCCCAAACCUAACGUGGUUGCACUGCUCAAGUUUGCGCUCAAGACGUUUUCUGACGUGAUCCAGCGUCCAAAGCUCAGUUCAGUGCAAGCGGGUCUGCUGCUGUUGCAAUGCCGCGACGGCGGGUCUAAGGACAACAACUGGCUGUUGUGCUCGCAGGUGGUUGCCCUGGCCGAGGAGCUGGGGCUAGGAUUAGACUGUGCGUCGUGGAGACUGCCCCGCUGGGAAAGAGGACUGCGGAAACGGCUGGCGUGGGCCGUGUACAUCCAGGACAAGUGGUCGUCGCUCGUGGAGUCGCGGCCCAGCCACAUCAUCGAGGGCAAGAACUGGCUCGUGCGCAUGGUGGGUCCCGAGGACUUCCCUGACAAGGGCGACGCAGACCAGCUGAAGGAAGGCUCUGCCGACAACGAGAACGGCGAGGCGCUGUUCCGGCAGCUCAUCUCGCUCAGCGAGAUCCUCAGCGAGAUCCUCGACACCUUCUACACCAUGGCAAGCAUGCAGAACGUCAACUCCAUAGAGGAGAUCCUCAAGCUGGCCAAGCCGUUGCAGCUGAAACUGCGCAACUGGUACCAUUCGCUUCCAGAGACGCUUCAGAUGAACACCCCGAAACCGCGCAAGUUUAACUCCAACGGUUACCUGCAGCUGGCGUACUUUGCCUCGGAGAUCACGCUGCACCGGCGCAUCAUCUCGUGUUUGCACACCCAAAAGGCCUCGUGUCCGCCCGAGCUGGUUCGUGUUUGCCGGACGGCAGCACAGGCGCGUUUGACGGCGUCGAUCGAGUUUGCCCGAAACCUGAAGCCAGAACACAUCCAGUCGUUCUGGCAGUCGGCAGCCACCAACAACUUUGCUCUGAUCGGCAUAUUUGCAACCAUCCUGUACGUGACCAGCGACACCGACGAGGAGGCCAACGGAUACAGACAGCAGCUGUUUGACUACCGGUGGAUCCUGAAGGUGAACAGCAAGAGCUUCGACAUCGCAGGCGAGGCGCUGGCCAAGAUCGACGGCAUGCUGAAAAACCUUCCCGGUCUUUUAAGCGAAUACGAAGACACCUCUGCUGCGUUGCCUGUGAACACCGAGGUGGAGGGCGAGACCCCCUCUGAGACCUCGCACAGCGAGCGCAGCGAGAGAGUUACAGAACCUGGCGAUAAAUAA